UUGUAAAUAAAAUGUUAGUUUUCUAAUUCUUGUUAAGGUUUCUUCCUUAUGUUGUCUGAAGGAGUUUUCUUAGCCACUGUUGCCUGAGGUAAUCACAGAAGGUUUAAAGUGUUGUCUCUUUGGAUGAAUAAAUAGGUUAACUGUUAAUUAAUUAACUGGUUCAUUGAUUUGUUGUCUGCAAGAUGGAAUAUAAUGGUAUAAACAGAUAUUGAAUAGUAAAAAUAAUUUCAGAAUGUACCACAUUUAAUGUAAUAAAUUGGUUAAAUGCUAAAUAUAAAUCAUUUCAGCACAGUAAUUUAGUCAGUAUGAAUUAAUUCAUUAUUUAAUUAUCUGUUUGUUUAUUUAUGAAUUAAUCCUGUACUGUACCAUGAGUGUUGCCCUGUGCAGAUGGAGACAGUAGCAGACAGAGAUAGAAUGUAAGUGGAUCUCUAUAGAAGGAGAGGGAUGGACGAGUGUGUGUGAGAGCGAGAGGGAGGGAGGGGGUGGAAAUCAACAUGACGCACAAGUAGCACGUUGCAGACACUGCAUCAGACAAGAGAAGAUACAAAACACAACCAGCUAGCAGAAGCAGCUGCACUUUAAACUACUAAUAAUACUAUGCUGGAGCCAGACACAGAGGCUGUGUUUAUGAGUGUGAAUCAGAAGAACAGUGUUGUGUGAGAAAGGCUACCUUGGAGCAGUGUUUAAUGAGUGCAGUUGAGAAUGAUGAGUCUUGACCCUGUGCAGGUCAUGAAGGACCAGGAACCUGUGUCCCUCAGCCCUUCAUCAGGCUCAAAUGGUGACAGCAAAGCCUCCUGGGGUGACAACGAGGACUUUUGUGAUAGUGUUUGUUCUACUAAAAAGCCCAAUACUGGACCAGUGAGACGAGCAAGGAAGGUGGAGGGAGGCGUAUUCUUUCCAAAUCCAGAGAAUGCAGUAACGAUAGCCGUGUCCUCUCGAGUGAUGUUCCGCACAGAGAAAGAGCAGAAGGUGUUUGAAGAGAAAGGAGUGGAGGAAUACCUCAAGUACCAGGUGGAACAUGAGAACGAACCUUUAACCCCCGGACCAGCAUUUCCAUUUGUUAAGGCCCUGGAGGCAGUUAAUGCACAAUUGCGAGAGCUGUACCCUGACAGUGAGGAGCUUUUUGACAUUGUGCUGGUGACCUACAAUCAUGCCCAUGUAGGAGUAAGACUAAUUAACACCAUCAACCACCACAAUCUGUUCAUUGAGCGGUUCUGCAUGACAGGCGGCAGUAGUCCGAUUGGCUACCUGAAAGCAUGGCACACAAACCUGUACCUGUCAGCUGACCCAAAAAAGGUGCAGGAGGCACUGGCUGAAGGCAUUGCAGCGGCCACCAUGUUUAUGGUCGAGAAGCAGAUAGAUGUUUCGGAGACACAGCUGAGAGUGGCAUUUGAUGGUGAUGCUGUUCUCUUCUCGGACGAGUCUGAACAAAUAUUCAAAGCUCAUGGCCUGGACAAGUUCUUUGAGCAUGAGAAAGAAAAUGAGAACAUGCUACUAGAUCGUGGUCCACUUAAAGGUUUCCUCGAGGCCCUCGGAAAGCUCCAGAAGAAGUUCUAUGCUAAAGGCCACAGGUUAGACUGCCCCAUUCGCACCUAUCUGGUGACCGCUCGCAGUGCGGCCAGCUCAGGCAUCCGUGCUUUAAAGACUCUCCGUGCCUGGGGACUGGAAACAGAUGAAGCUCUGUUUUUAGCUGGAGCUCCCAAAGGCCCCAUGCUGGAGAAGAUACGACCCCACAUCUACUUUGAUGAUCAGAUGUUCCAUAUUGAAGGUGCUGCAGAGAUGGGCACAAUUGCUGCACAUGUACCGUACGGGAUAGCACAGAAGUACCCUCACAAAAAGACUGCAAACUCUGACAAGUAGGGUUGGGAAUGGACAUUAGACAUUGUACUGAGCUUCCUGCAUGACUCAAUGACUCAGUGAACCAGCAGCAAGAUAUUUACUUUUUUUUCACCAACAUUAUUUUACAUAAAUUAUUGAGCUGAUUGGUUGACUUAUGUAUGUGACCAUUCACACAAUGAAGACACAGUUGAAGAAAAAAGAGACUAGUCCUUGAAUUUGUCACUCUAUCAUCUUUGUUUUAUUCAUUGAUUUGAAAAUAACACGGUGCAAUCUGGUGAAUAUUCAUUCACUGAAAUGAAAAAUCUCUACUAUCAAUUUUGGUGCCCUUUUAUAUUUUGGAUAGUAUUAUGAUGGUAAUUGUGAUAUACUGUAUCCUAUGAUAGUUUUCUACCAUGAUAAGCUAUUAUAGUAAAAAGUCAAUACAGAAUGUUGUUAUAUUAAACCUAAGGCAGACUAUAUAUUAUAUAUAGUGUAGUAUAUAUUAUAUAGAAUUUAUGCCACAUAUUCUCUAUAACUCAGACAGUAGUUUUGGAUACAAUAUAAAUCAGGUUUAUAUUAAUGCACUCAUUCUAACAUAAUAUUGUUUCUUUAGAAACAACUUACGAAAUGACGUAUAUGGCAGAUGCUCCACGUACGUGGAUU